AUGCAAACACGUUCAACAUUAGAUACAAGUUCAAAUAAUUUAUUUACAAAUAUUGAACGGUUAGGUACACAUGAUUUAUUAUCCUAUGGACAACUUUCAUAUGAUACUAUAUUAACAUCAAUCCAAAGUAAUAAUACAUUACCAUUAUCAGUUAAUAGUUUAUUUGAUUGCUUAUUUUUUCAUCAUGGUUUUGAUUUAACAUUAUCAUUACAAAUUCUAAUUGAAAUAUAUGUAAUAUAA